UGUUGCUGCUGGGGAGUUACUGCUGGAGCUGAGCCAUCCCCAGGGUGAUGUGGAGGAAGAACUUCCUGAUGGCCUGGAUGAGAGCUGCAGUCUGGAGGAGGAAGAGGACAGUGAGUGCCCAUUCCCCAGGGAGAGCUGAGCUCUGCCCCUUGGUGUGUGCAGGGGCUGUCUGGGAGUGAGGUGACUCGGAUGCUUCCUCUGUCACUGGCAUGUCAUCUAAUGGCUCUGUGGCUCUUGCGUCCAGGAAAUGCCACGAGUGCCUGGCCCAGCCCACUGAGGAUCAGGAGAAAGUGCUCAAACCCGCUCUUGUCUGCAGUUUAUUCCCUAACGUGCCUCCAACCAUCUACUUCAGUACUCGAGAUGAGAGAGUGGAAAAGCUGCCUUGGGAGCAGAGGAAGCUGCUGCGAUGGAAAAUGUGCACGGUCACGCCGAAUAUCGUGAAGCAAACCAUUAGCAGAUCUCACUUCAGAGUCAGCAAAAAAAGCAAUGACUGGCUGGGUUGUUGGGGCCACCACAUGAAGUCCCCCGGCUUCAGAGCCAUCAGGGAGCACCAGAAGCUAAACCACUUCCCUGGUUCAUUUCAAAUUGGGAGAAAGGACCGUCUGUGGCGCAACCUGUUGAAGAUGCAGACUCGUUGUGGGAAGAAGGAGUUUAAUUUCUUCCCUCAGUCCUUCAUCCUGCCCCAGGACAUCAAAUUACUCAGGAAAGCGUGGGAGGAAGGAGCUAGCCACCAGAAAUGGAUUGUGAAACCACCAGCGUCAGCAAGGGGCAUUGGCAUCCAGGUUAUCCACAAAUGGAGCCAGCUACCCAAAAGGAGGCCACUGCUGGUACAGAGAUAUCUGCACAAACCCUACCUCAUUGAUGGGAGGAAGUUCGACCUGAGGAUUUACGUGUAUGUCACUUGUUACGAUCCCCUCAGGGUCUACCUGUUCAAGGAUGGAUUGGUUCGCUUCGCUAGCUGCAAGUACUCCUCCUCAAUGAAGAGCCUCAGCAACAAGUUCGUGCACUUGACCAAUUACAGCGUGAACAAAAAGAACACCGAGUACAAGUCCAACUUGGAUGAGACUGCUUGCCAGGGACACAAGUGGGCGCUCAAAGCUCUCUGGAAUUACCUGACCCAGAAGGGAGUUAACAGCGAGGCCAUUUGGGAGAAGAUUAAGGAUAUUGUUAUCAAAACCAUAAUUGCAUCUGAGCCGUAUGUGAACAGCCUGGUGAAGAUGUAUGUGCGGCGGCCGUACUGUUGCCAUGAGCUCUUUGGGUUUGAUAUCAUGCUGGAUGAAAACCUCAAGCCCUGGAUCUUAGAGGUCAACAUUUCCCCAAGCCUUCACUCCAACUCCCCUCUGGAUGUGAGCAUCAAGGGCCAGAUGAUCCGGGACCUGCUUAACCUCGCUGGCUUUGUUCUGCCUAGCACAGACAGCAUAGCCUCAAGGCCUCAGACUAGAAGUGAUUCCACCUGCAGUCAGGGCAGCGCUUUGAAGGAGAAGCCCAGGCCAGCCUCUGAGUGUUUUACAGCAGAGAAGUUGAAGAAGGCCUAUUACUUGACACAGAAGAUACCUGACCAGGAUUUUUAUUCUUCUGUCUUGGACAUCCUGACCCCAGACGAUGUUCGCAUCCUGGUGGAAACAGAGGAUGAGUAUUCCCGGCGUGGGCAGUUUGAGCGGGUGUUUCCCACCCACAUCUCCAUGCGCUACCUGCGCUUCUUCGAGCAGCCUCGCUACUUCAACAUCCUGGUGACCCAGUGGGAGCUCAAGUACUACUUGAACAAACACAAAGGUCUGGAGCUACUGAAGAAAUGGUGUGUCAAAGGCUACCACACUGGGGCAGGGACGGAUUUGGCCCAGAUGUGGUCGUUGCCAAAGUCUUUCUUCCUCCAGAAAAGCAGAGUUCAAUCAAAUGGCUUCAGCAAACUGGAACUGGACAGGCUGGGCAACCUCCUCUCACCAAACAAUGGAGACCUUGUGAGAUGCCUGGAGCCCAGCCCUGCUCAGAGCUUACCUCUCAACAAAUGCACUGCUGGAGCUGACCAGAAACCUGGUGGCUGCCUCUCAGACACUGCCCUGGUGCUGUGAGCAGGCAGCCGCCUUCCCUCCCUGGGGACACCUCAACCUACCUCAAAGGAAGAGACAGGAGCUGGCUCUGGAGCACAAGUCCUCUGAAGCUCCCUGCACUGCACACUUGCCAGUGGGCUAUUCCUGGAGAGAGCUGUGUGACUCAGUUUUUAAAACAAAUGGCAAAACUUGGCCGAGUUGGGUUUGUGACUGUUGUUCAAGCCUGAUGUGGUGAUGGUUUCCUUGUUGCGUAGGAUCUAGCUGAGUUGGGCGUCAGCUCCCUCUCUCCUUCCCUCACCAAUAUGGGUUGAAUCCCUCCUUGCCUGUGUCGCUUUGCACUAACCCUGAGCCCCAGAGAGCCAGCAAAGUUGUCAGCUCCCCUCUCACUGCAGGCCAAGGCAGGGGAGGGCCAGCUACCACUCUGCUCUUCUGGAAGGAGCAGGGCUUGGGCCUUCCAGCCUGUGGGUUUUUAUCCUAUCUGAGUACUUGUGCCCGCAUCCUCUGGCUUCUGCCCACCGCUGCCCCAAGCCCUGGCCUGGCUCCCAGCUGCAGUGGGGCUGGGGAGGGAGCAGUCCCUCACUGCUGUUGGCUCUGUGGUACCCUGCAGCAUGCACACUGGGGACUGCAGAUGGGUGCUACUCUCCUGCUCUCUAUUUUUCCCUUCAUUUCUCAAGAAUUUCCAUUAAACUUUUGCACAUGGCUGCUA